CCAGACUGAACCUUGUGUGACUCGCUGCAGUCAUGUGUGCUGCCUGGCUGAAGCUGGUGGUGCUGUGUGUUGGGUGCACGGCUCGGAGCGCUGCAGAGAACAGAGGGGUGAUUUGGAGGGACCUCGGAGAAGAUGUGACCAUCCAGUGCAGCGGUUCUGUGGACCAGCAGUUCUUCAGCCUGACCAUGGGCCUCAAUGAAGACACCAACGUUUUCUUCAUGGAGAAGAACUCCGGAAAAACCACUAUUGCUAAUGGAUAUGCAGGCAGACUCCAGUCAAACGGAGGUUUUUACAAGAUGGAUAUUCUCAUCAAAAACCUGACUCUGAACGACACCGGACCGUACUGGUGCGUGUACAAGAUGUUUGACCCGAAGAGCAGCAAAUCCAAAUCCACGAAAGGCCAAGGCUCCGUGCUGCUGGUGGUGACAGGUGACAGGCAUGCAGACACUGACCCAGUACAGGGCUGCGAUGGGUCUCAUCAGGACCUGGUUCUGGUGUCGGUCGUGAUCUCUGCCGCGGUGCUGCUCUGCGUCCUCAUGGCCUUCCUCAUCCUGAUCAUCCUCAAGACCAGGUCGCUGCGCGCCUCCGGGACGCCGAGGCGCCUCCCCACCAACGACGUCUACGAGGACAUGCGUGGAACGUUCAGACGCUGAAGGUGUGAGGAGCAGGAAUCUGUGAGCUCUGCACCAGCGACACACCGGCGGUGCAUGUGAAGCAAUGCAGCAGCUCGGCCAGUUUCCUCUGACAUGCUCAGAAAUCUGCUCUGGCCUUUCUGGUCCUCACAGUGAAGGACAGUCGGAACCAGAUUCUCACAUUUGGAGCAGCGUGACGGUCCACAGCGACUCCAUCUGAAAGCAGCAAAGCACAAAUAUUACAGUCUGUCUUGUCCUUUAGUGGCAAAAUCUCAUCGUGGGUUAUACCGUCAUGUAUCUUCUGUAUAUUCUGAUUUAUUUCAUUUUUAAUGCAUUUAAUUUUGUACUUCUUUUGUACUUUUUGUAAGUUUCUAACAUGAUUUCAAAGCUGGAGGUUAUGAAACCGUGUGAAAGGCCUCCCACACAGCCCUCAGAGGAGGACGACUCCUUCUCAGCCUCCUUCGGCUUCUUUCUUUCUUUCUUUCUUUCGUUCUUUCUUUCUUUCGUUCUUUCUUUCAUUCUUUCUUUCCCCUCUUUAGACUCUUUAGACUCUUUAGACUCAGACUUUCUUUGUUGUCAUUGCACAAAAACACAGUUGUGAAUCUGGCACCGAAAUGUCGUUGCUGAGCUCCUGGAGUACACAGAACCAGAGCUUGUGAGGCAGUGACUUGUUAAUAAAUACUGUAAGCAUAUAAAUCUACCUAGAUAAGAAGAACUAGUGCAAUGGAAAAAGAGCUAAAUAUAAACAGUCUAAAAAACCGUAUACAAAUUAAAGUACAUGGUCAAAAAGUAUGAGGAGCAGAAAUAUAAACUUCUGGUCUCUUUUCAGUCAUUUUGAAUCUCCUGUGGCGUCCGAUGUCUCCUGUGGUCAGUGUGCGUUUCUUUAUGGCUGUUUUGUGUCGCAUAUUGGUUGGUUUACGUCUCUUUGUCGCCCUGUAGUCUCUUUAACGUCUCUUCAUUCACGUGUCUUUUGCAUCUUUCUGGGAUGUACGCAUAGUUCUGGAGUAGCACCAGGGAAUCUCUGAUCAGUCGUCUCUCCAUGUAUACAGGAUUUCAUGUAGAAGUCAUGUCGCUGUAAGACACCGGACCAGGUGUUGUAUUGAUCAUAUCAGCUGGAAUCUGUAUGAAUGAAACAAUACAUUUGUGGGAUUUGUAGCCUUUGUCCAAAUAAAUGAACUUUUUUUUAAGGUGUGGUAAAA